AUGGGUGAUUUAAAGUUAUUUAUAAUAGUCGGAUUAUGUGCUAUCGCGGUGACAUAUGCCGACGAAGGAAACUCAAGAACUAUAAGUGAUAAAUCAUCUAGUGCCGCUGCUGACGCUACAGCUAUUAAUACUACUGGUGGCGAACAUGACGAGGAUACAAGCGAAAAAAAAUUUGAAAAAGUCGGCAAAAGGGAUAGCGGAGGUGACGUUAAAAAUAAUAAGUCAAAUGAUGCUAAAAACAACGAAGUUAAGGACAAUAAAAAUGAUAAGAUUAAUGACGAUAGGCCUGAUGAUCCUAACCAAGUUGACAUUGAAAGCGACAGUUAUUUCAGCGUAGGCGGUGGAUAUGGGGAGGGUAAUGAAGCCGGAGGAUAUGGGAGGUCACUUAACGCUAAAAAUAAAGAUGAUGAAGUUGAUAAUGAUGUUGAUGGCAAAAAGAAAAGUAAAAGUGACGACUGGAAGGUCAGUGAAGAUGACAGUGAUAGUGAUCAAUCUGAAGAUGACUGCGAUUCCGAUGAUGAAGAUAGUGAUGAAGAUUCUGAUGACGAUAGCUAUGGUAAAAAUAGUGAAGAUGGCGAGGAAGGGAACAAAGAUACUGACAGUGAUCAGUCUGACGAUGACAAGAAAGAUGUUGAUGAUGACGACAACGAUGAUGAUCGCAAAGAGAAAGGUGAAAAUUACAACGGGGAGGGCAGUGAAGAAGAAGACUGUGACAGUAAUCAAUCUGAAGAUGAUAGCGAUACCGAUGAUGAAGAUAGUGAUGAAGAUUCUGAUGACGAUGGCUAUGGUAAAAAUAGCGAAGAUGGCGAGGAAGCGAACAAAGAUACUGACAGUGAUCAAUCUGAUGAUAACAGCGAUACCGAUGAUGAAGAUAGUGAUGAAGAUUCUGAUGACGAUAGCUAUGGUAAAAAUAGCGAAGAUGCCGAGGGAGCUAACGGAAAUAGCGAUAGUAAAGAUCCAUGUGCCAAACACGAGAGUCAAACAAAAGAAGAAGAUGGUAACGCAAAAUGGGGUGAUUAG